UGCCGGCAAAAAACUGCUCGAUUCAGAAACUCAAUUUUCUUUAAUUUAAGACCUUUAUAUUGCAUCGAAAGCCAAAAAAUACGUGAUAAGAAAAUAGACGAGCCUCAAAACUGACAAAAGAUCUCAAAAUUUUGGGACUUUAAGUGUUUUUCGUACUAAAAUCAGAUCUUUGCAAUUUCACAACCAUGGAUAAAAGCCUAACAUCACCGAACCGUUCCUUGCUCAACCAAAGUCUGCAACUUCAGGUCACAAACAAACACAGACGCAAUUGUUUGACUUACGGAGCGUUAAAUGCACUUUUUCUCGCAAUUCUCUGGUUUGACAUCUCCCAGCAAUGUCCAUACUCGGUCUCAUACUGGUAUUAUGUGGAAUACGUCGCUGCUGGAAUUUUAGGUGUUAGUCUCCUGUACAACAUCUUGAGUUAUGUCUAUCACCGAUUUCUGGUGUCGCCGCUUGUUGUGACUGAAGAACAACGCAAACUUUUGCGAUUGGAUGACGUUGAUGGAAGUUUCGUGGUUUCGCCUGCUAAGAGUCAAAAACUGAAUACGACAAUGGAUAAAGCUGCUGCUGCAAAUAUGAAUGUCUCUUCGUUAAGCUGGCAAUCGUACAAUGAAGGAAAUACCGGCAUCUCGUCCGCUUCAUGGGCAUUCAACAAGACAUCACAAUCGUUCGACAGUCCGUCCUUUAAUUUGAUGAACGUUUCCGCCGACAUGAGUUUCAAUCAAAGCAUGCCAAAUAAUGUGUCGGGCAUCGCGCAUCGUAACUACAACAACAAAUCCGAAAUUAUCACCGACACAAAGCGCAUCAAGCAAUAUUUGAAGGAAACGAAUGAGGCGGAAGCCAAAAAUGCCAACAUCUUACCGGAUAAUAAUUUGACCCAAACGAACGAGAGUUUCACGAGCUUCUGGAAUAAUUGUCGUUUUGAUGAUUUGAGUGCCUUGCUCAAGACUUCGUUAUACCAACUGUCUCCCAGCACAAAUUCCGCUUCAUCUCCGUCCUCCAAGCAAAAUCCUCUGAAAGACGAAACCGGUCUCGGCAAGAUUUUAGACGGCAAUUCGGAAGUUUUGAAGAAAAUCCCGUCGGAAAAGCUCUCUGCAUAUGUCGCUAAUCUGCGUAUCUGGAUCGCCGACACAAUUUUGCAUCGUCUCGUAAAGGAAUUCGACUACAUAAAUGAGAAACUAAAGACUCGUGGGUUCUCCGACAUCCAAGUUGGAGCUGUCGGAUUGGAACGUUUGAAGAAAACCGCAGAAAAUCACCAAUUGGUAGCACUUUACGUGCCAACACUCCCGAUGAUCAUUCCCUUCUUGGAAAUGUCCACGAAUCAAGAGUACCUGUGCAAGCGAAUUCGUGAUCUGGCACACGGCAAAUGCAUUUCAGACUACCGUUGGAACUCGGGGGCUCCUUACGGAGGUGCCUCGUGGAACGAUCAUUUGCCCACAGACACCGCCAUUCUUUUCCAUUUGAUUUGCACGUACUUUGACAGUCAAUUGAUGCCACUUCCGAACCGUGAUCGCCCGUUUUACAGUCAAUACGUGAUCGAAAUGGAUGGCAACAAGAAAUCGCAAACGGAGAUUCUGAGUGAAGUCAAGAACAAAGCAAAGUGUGCAAUUCUCUGCAUGAAUCCGAUGAAGCCGAAAAUUAAUUUUAUCAGUGACGAUAUCAUUCAUACUUGUGCUCAUGACCGCAACAACUUAUUUUACGUCAUCAUCCAGUUCCUAUUGUUCAUGAAGAGCCGCAACGACUCCUUGUUAGAGGGCGUCAGCUUGGGCAGACGUGGUAUCAACAUCAUGUGCUGCGUAGAAGAAGACACAAAUUGACUGAAUGGACCAAAGAGUCACAACCCAAACUCUUGUUUUUCGAUUAAAUGUUAAUAUUAAUGCUCGAACGCGACUUAAUUUAAAUUAUAUGUACUAAAUACUGUUAAACGCGAUGAUAAUAUUAA